AUGUCAAGAAAUCGACGACAGGAUUUGGAUGACGGUUCAUGUUGUGAUUUCAAUUUGUUAAAAAUUAUCAGCUAUUUUUUCAACUUCUUAUUUUGUCUUUCUGCUCUUUCGCUGAUAGGAAUAAGUGUUUGGUCAAUUUUAUACAAAUGGGAUUAUAGAAUAUUAUUGAAAAGUAACAGUUAUCAGUUGUCGAUAUACUUAUGUUUAUUUAUUGGUAUAUUGCUUUUUAUUCUAAGUUUUUUUGGUUGCGCUGCUACAUCGAAAGAACGUUCGCCACUCGUGUUCGUCGGCACUUUGUCAUUGCUUGCAUUAUUAAUAUUAGAAGGAAUUCUUUGUAUAUUCACUUAUGCAUAUUUUGAAAACGUUGGCAACGAACUGAGUGUUUCGUUAAAAGUAUUGUUGAUCCGCGACCAUUCGAUGCAUACUGCAGUUAGCAAAGCACUUGAGAAACUUCAUCUCGAGGGUAAAUGCUGCGGUGCAACUUCAUUUGAAAACUGGCGUGAUUCAGUUUGGUGGCAAAAUGUGAAUACAGCCGCGUUAUCUGAAAGUCGUCGUUUUGACCUUGCCGUGCCCGAUUUUUGUUGUCGUACACCUUCAAUUGACUGUGGACGAAGAGAUCAUCCAUCUAACAUCUUUUAUGAGCUUAUGGGCACAUUCUUCGAAGUGUGCUUUUACGCUAAACUGCGUAGAUUCGCUGAAUUAAGGAAGCGUAAUCGUUACAGUUGUGGAAAUAAUUACUGA